UACAAAUUCAAUUGCGAUUCAGCAUUCGUUCGAAGCGGUUGUGGAUGCGCUCGCGAGUCGCGUCAUAUUUUGAAUGAAGUGCAAUCGGCUGGUCUACUGAUAAAAAGUCCCAGACAGCUAAGUCAGUGAAACCGCUAUCAAGAACCGUUAGCAAAACAAAGAACAGCAAUAACUAAAAUAUUGUUUAAAACAAAAUAGAACAGUUUGAUCGCUAUUAAAGAAAGAGUGAAACGUACACAUAUUAAAUAAAAACUUUUCUGAAUUCGAAAUUCGGAAACAAAAUUUGUCAGUUUUUCAAGUACAAUUGCAUCAGAAUUUAUUGCGGCACUGAUCGAAAUGCAAAUCUGUGCGAAAAGUGCAACAUGAACAGCAUUUGCGCUGCUUGGAUAAUUAACUGUGAUUAGGCACAUAAACAUUAUGUCGAUAGUGACACCGCUACAGCAAAAAGUGAACAUUUUUCAAGAGACUGCAACACCGAAAAGUUUGUUUAUACUUAAAGCCAACAACAGUGCAAGGAAUAAAAUAUACGCGGAUAAACUGUACAACGGCAGCAUAGAACAAAAUAAUAACUUUAAAAACAACAACAACGUCAUCAUCAACAGCAGUACUAACAACAUUUGUUAUACGCAAUACGCUACGCUAUCAGCAACAAAUAUAACAGCACAAUUUCUGAACCAGAAGCAGGAGCACCAGCACAAUCAGCAACAGCAACCGGAAGAGGGGAUUAGCAGUCGAGUGUUGCAGGAGCAGGCGCCGGAUUCAAAGCUUGUUCAAGUACUGUUAGCCACGACACCGACGGCAAUGCCCGAGGUGCUCGCCGGAACACCCACCCAAAGCCACAACAAAGCCUCAUCCGUAAGCGCCUCCAUGAUGAGCAGCGUGCGUUUGGCUACCAUUUCGCCGUCACUAUCGAUGAACGGCAGCUCCAACGAGGCCACAAAUCUGCAUCCGCUCUCCAUGUACGGCGGCUCCAUCAGCCCGCAGUCGAACGACAGCGGCAUGUCGGACAGCCACAGCAUGGGCAAGUUUGUGCCGAGCAACGGUUACGCCGACAGUCACGGCCACAGCCUGAUGGGGGGCAAAUCCAAUGGACAGAGCAACGGCGUCGCCGGAGUUGGAGGUGGCUCGCAGUCAACCCUAACCGCCGCCCAGAAGGAGCUCUUCUCACAGCGCAAGCAGCGUGAGUUCACGCCCGACAACAAGAAGGACGAGAGCUACUGGGACCGCAGACGACGCAACAAUGAGGCGGCCAAGCGCAGCCGCGAGAAGCGACGAUACAAUGACAUGGUUCUGGAGCAGCGCGUCAUCGAGUUGACCAAGGAGAACCAUGUGCUGAAGGCGCAGCUCGAUGCGAUUCGGGACAAAUUCAACAUCUCCGGCGAGAAUCUGGUGAGCGUGGAGAAGAUUCUCGCCUCGCUGCCCACCAGCGAGCAGGUGCUGAGCAAUACAAAGCGCGCCAAGAUUAGCAGCGGCAACUCGUGUUCCUCCUCCUCGUCGGGCUCGUCGCCCUCCGGCGCCGGCUGCAGCUCCCCGGCCUCGCACACACACAGCGGCUAUAGCAGCAGCAGCAACAACGCCCCGCCGCUCUCCCCCAUCAUCUAUGGCCCGAACAGCAAUGUCAAUGCGGGCAAUGUACGCGGCAGCGAGUCCUUGACAUCCGUAAGCAAUAAGAAUGGACAUCACGUGGGCCAGCACGUUCCGCCGCCGCCGGCGCCACUCCACGCUCAGGCUCUUCCGCAUCCACAUCAGUACCACCAGCUGCAGCAGCAGCAGCAGCAACAGCAGCUGCAGCAGUCGCAUCACCAGCAGGUGCAGGACGCUGCCCCCUCCACAAUGGACACGCACAACCGCCCGCCGACCAACGCCAUUGCCAAUCUGCAUGUGCUUCAGCAGGCGCUCCACCGCAACGUCAGGCCCGAGGAUCUGGACAGCCUGCGCAAGGUGGUGGCCGUCGGGGCUCUCUACAAUGCGGCCGCGGUGGGCACGGGAACGCCGGCAGGCACCACAAUAUAUACGCCUGCCACAGUGAACGCAUCCUCGCCAGCAUCUGGCUAUGUGGCCAUCAGCAAGGAUCAGCUGGAGGCCAGUUACCUGCACGGUCACAGCGUGGAGGGCGCCGUUAGCAGCAGUGCGGUCGACGCCGUGAGCAGCUCCUGCUCCUCGGUGGUCAGCUCGGCCGCGGCCAGUGUGCUGAACCUGUCGAGGCGCGCCUGCUCGCCCAGCUACGAGCACAUGCUGUCCUCGACCACAUCCUUGACGUCUCAUCACUCAUCCGCCUCCUCAGCCCUCUCAUCGUCCGCCUCCUCGUCGGGUGCCGUCUCUGGCGACGACGAGCAGGAGCAAGAUGGCUCCGAAGGCCCCAUCCAUCCGGAUCCGCAUGCGCUUGCCCAUGGCGCCCACUCGUCGCCCAUGCAGCGCAGCAGCCCAGCGCACAAUGGCGGCGGCGGCACUAAUGAGGCCAACAAUUGUCUGCCCCUGAAGCUGCGCCACAAAUCGCAUCUGGGCGACAAGGAUGCGGCUGCGACGGCGUUGCUCUCGCUGCAGCACAUCAAGCAGGAGCCCAGCUGCAAUCGCUCCUCGCCGCCGGCUUGGAACGAUGGCGGUGACAACUCCAGCGACGAGCGCGACUCGGGCAUCUCGAUCGGCAGUGCCGAGUGGACAGCCCAGUUCCAGCGCAAGCUGCUCGCCCCGAAGGAGGCUGUCGUCUCGGUGGUCGUCUCCAAUGUGGAGCGUGAUCAGAUGCUGAAGAGCCAGCUGGAGCGACUUGAGUCCGAGGUGGCCAGCAUUAAGAGCAUGAUGAUACUUGGCGACUAGAAGAUGAUGUAGAUGUUGAACGGAUUCGUACUGGAGGAGAGAGAGCGAAGAGACAGACAAAUAUUUGUAAAGGCAGAGACUUUGGUUUGAGAUAAUUGAAUUGCACUUCGUGGCUGUAGAAAAGAAUGAGGAAGAGGAA